GUGAAGCGCCUUUAGUUGACGCCUGCGCGUUGUAUACGACCUAACCGCGCGACUGCUCGACAUUUUUCGACACCGCCAUUCACCAUGAACACUCGUCAGCUCCGUAGAAUCGCUUCAGCCACAAAACCAUUACUGAAACAGCAGUCUUCAUGUAUCUGCUACCGUAGCUAUAGCCAAGUGAGACCCGUAUAUGUUAUAGAAAGACCUAAAUGGAGAAAUUCAGCGCCGAGUUUCUACGCUGCACAAUCCAUCGAUACAAGAUACUUCUCAUUCGUGCACAACUUAGACCCAGCAGUGCGGGAGGGAUCACAUAAAAAUGCUGACGAUGUUCUGUUUGACAUGUUCAAAAAUGAAGAUUCGGGGCUCCUUCCUGUUGGAAAGUUUUUGGCCGCCCUAAGAACAACCGGAAUCAGAAAGAAUGACCCUCGUGUGAAAGAAGUCAUGCACAAUUUGUAUAAGGUUCACAAAGAGUCAAACUUUGAAGGAGGAUCUCCUGAAACUCUAAAACUGGACAGAAAAACCUUUAAAGAAGUAAUUUCCCCGAAUAUAGUUUUAAUAACAAGAGCAUUUAGAAGCCAAUUUGUGAUUCCCGACUUUCAAGACUUUAUCAAAGACAUCGAAGAAAUGUAUUGGACGGCGAAAAGCAUAACAGAUGGAAAAGUAGCAAGUUAUAUUCCGCAGUUAGCUAGAAUGAAUCCGGAUAAUUGGGGCGUCAGUGUUUGCACGAUCGACGGUCAGCGAUUUUCAAUAGGUGACGUUAAUGUGCCGUUCACUCUUCAGUCUUGUAGCAAGCCGUUAACGUAUGCAAUGGCACUCGAGACUCUAGGAUCUGACGUUGUACAUCAGUACAUUGGCACGGAGCCCAGUGGCAGAAACUUCAAUGAACUCGUUUUGGAUUAUAACAUGAAGCCACACAACCCAAUGAUCAACGCCGGAGCGAUUUUAGUAUGUUCUUUGCUGAAAACUUUGGACAAGCCGGAAAUGACCUUGGCGGAGAAAUUUGACUAUGUUAUGUCAUUCUUCAGUCGCCUCGCUGGGAACGAAGUAUUGGGUUUCAAUAAUGCUGUAUUUUUGUCUGAACGCGAGGCUGCCGAUCGUAACUAUGCAUUGGGAUUUUACAUGAGAGAACAUAAGUGUUACCCGGAGAAAACCAAUCUUCGUGAAUGUAUGGAUUUCUAUUUUCAGUGCUGUUCCAUGGAGGCUAAUUGCGACAUAAUGUCCAUUAUGGCUGCAACAUUAGCGAACGGUGGAAUAUGUCCGAUAACUGAUGAGAAAGUUUUGCGACCUGAUUCCGUUCGUAACGUGCUCUCUUUAAUGCACAGCUGUGGAAUGUACGACUAUUCCGGUCAAUUUGCGUUCAAAGUCGGCUUGCCUGCUAAAUCUGGAGUUUCAGGAGCAAUGCUUAUCGUUGUGCCCAAUGUGAUGGGUAUUUGCACAUGGUCUCCUCCACUUGAUCCUUUGGGCAAUAGCUGCAGAGGUCUGCAAUUUUGUGAGGAGCUAAUUAAGCGAUUCAAUUUCCAUAAAUACGACAACAUUCGUUAUGCAAGUCACAAGAAGGACCCACGCCGCUACAAAUUUGAAUCUACUGGACUGAGCAUUGUUAAUCUGUUAUUUUCUUCAGCUAGUGGUGAUUUAAGUGCAUUGAGGAGGCACCAUCUUUCUGGAAUGGACAUGACACUAUCGGAUUACGAUGGCAGAACGGCGUUACAUCUCGCCGCAGCGGAGGGUCACCUGAGUUGUGUCGAGUUUCUACUCGCCCAAUGCAAUGUACCACAUGAUCCCCAAGACCGCUGGGGAAGUCGUCCACUAAAUGAAGCAGAGACUUUCGGACAUGCUGCAGUUGUUCAAUAUCUCAAGGAAUGGGAACGCACACAUCCGCUUGGUGUAGAAACUCCACCUUCGGCAUCAACGGUUGACGAUAUAUUGGACGUGCAGCCGCAAGCUGAUGACGCAGUGAAGGAUCCAAGCAUUCAGGAUAUUGUUACCAGGAAUGGAGAUAAAGUGAAUUAAACAUUUGUUAGAGUUCAAUGAAUUGGUGCAGUAGACUCCGGGUAAAAUAUGUUUCAGAACUUUGUACAAUCUUACUUACUAUCUACAUUUCAAACAACAUAGGAGGUAGGCUAAAAUUACGUAAUUUUCCUACUUGCAGUGGUAUAUAGAGCUUAAAUAUACUCUCAAUUGGACAUAUUGAAUAUUCAUAAAAUCUGCACUAUUAACAAUUCGUAAUUUACAACAAAUGUUAGUAGAUAGAUUUUAUAAAGUUUAAUCAUUGAUAACAGUAUUUUCUGGUUUAUGUAGGUAGAUAUUUAGGUAGAUAUUCAAAUAUUGAAAGACAAUCUGUAGCUUUUAGAGAUGUAGGUGUUACAAAAUAAACUACUCUUCAUUGUGUAUGAAUGAAGUGAUUAUUUAACAUAAUAAACAAGUGAAUAAUCAAAAUAUAAUAUGUAUUGUGCUUUAUUGCAAUUACUUAAUUUUAAGGCUGUGAUCAAUUUUAUUUAAGUGUUAUUUUAUU